CAACCAAUGAUAUUGCUAAAAGGGCAUUUUUGCUUCCGGUAAGAGUUAGAGCGCAGGCGUAGAAGGAUGACGUUAUCCCCAGGGGGAGAUACCGUCAGUUGCUUUAUCCGGUCAUGGCGUAUAUUUCAAUCAUGAAACUGACGAAGCUGCUGAAUAUCGUCGUGAAAUACGUCGACUCGAAUAGGUAUUUUCAAAUGCGAGGAGCUCAGCUCAUUCACUAGAGUUAAUACUUUCACCAUACUUCCUUUGGGAGUGUUUUAGGACCCGUUAACGACAUCUUUUGUGUGUCUAAAGCUUAAAUUCCUCUUUCCGUGUUGGAAACGAAACUUGACUUCCUCAGCUUGCGAGGAUAAUCGACCGCUUUGGUACUGUUUAACUGCGAUUCAUCGUAACGUUCCUGCUUUCUGGAAAAGCCUAGUUAAUUGCUGACGACAUUUAUUGUGCACACAAGUAUUUUCCAGUGUUGGAUAGUGAUUUUGUAUUUGUUUAAGGUGAGUUUAUUGGCGCGGAAUGCUGCUUUUUGAUCGAUUUGCAGUCCGUGGGAACGUGCAGAAACACGUAAACUGACACUAUGUUUUAUGCCUUGAAUCUGUCGUUCUCGUGGAAUUUUUCCAGCGUUUCUGUAUUUUUUUCGUUCCUUAAGACUGUAGAAUCAAUCUCUUUACAUAAGCUUUUGGUAUAAAUCGGUAUAUAGUGGGAUCGCGCUUAAAACUAAUCAUGUUGCUCUCUCGUGCGUAUUGUUGUGAGUCUUUGUUUGGGCUUGUCAACUGUUCAGAAAUUUCGCGAGAAAAUGUCCAUCUCACGAUCUGGAAAUAUUUACAGUGUUCAGGUGGUAGUUUUCUACGUAGAACUGGUUAAACAGAUCGCAUUUUAUCCGCAUAUUUGAUUUAUAAUUUCGGGAUAAUCUGCAAUUCGCACGUACGAAUGAUCAUAUUGAGCUUUGUUUUGUGUUCGUCGCAUGACCUAUUCGGUCUAUUCAAAGCACUCACUGGAAUUUCCAAAUCUUGUACUCGUUCUUUGGUGUUUGUUUUUGCGUCUACUUAACGUUAACUACCGGAAAUUAAUAUGAAGGCCAUAAAAUAGAGAGAAUGUUCGUCGAUGUUGUUGUUUUUUUAUCAAGCUUCGUAGAAAGUUCAAUAUUUUAGUAUGCAUCAGGAAGUCUCGAUGCUAUGGUUUGUGCUUGUUAAUGCAAAUUCCAGCUUGGGUCACGAAAUAGCUUGUUCAAGAAUUGAUCGAGCAAGGAUCCGAUCAUUGUACUGUAAAACUACUGAAAGAAGUUCAUUUUCUUGUUGAUCAAAGGGGUCCAAAAAUUGUUAGAGCAUUUCGUUGCUAAACUUUGGCGUAAUCUCGUUAAAACAUUUUUGGGUUCACGGAUCAGUCGCCAGGAUGUUGUAGUAUUAAUAUAUUUUUCUAAAUUAUUUUUCCUGUUUUUUAUCCAUUUAGUAGUCUUUUUAGUCUUGUGUUUUGGCAUAGUGAGGGAAAAAAAUAUUGCUCACACAAAAUCUGAAACAAGUCAUACUAAAUGGACCACUGCACAGAAAUAAAGUGUUCAUGAGAAAAUAGUUUUAACUGCUUCCAAUAUCAUGAUUCAAGUUCUAUCACACCUCGAGGUUAGCCCUGGAGCAAACAAUAUGUGGUUUCUGAAAAUAUCAUUCCCUAAGGUUUAUGGUGAAAAUAGUAAAACAUUUAGUUUUCUACAUAGUGUAAAGGAAGUUCUCACCUGUGAAGGAGAAAGUGCUGAAAAUAAUGUCGAACUAACUGUUUACAUUUUUUGUGGAUGACUUGUUGUAGUAGAAUGUAGAUUUGAUUGUUGAUCGCGCUUUCCGACUGUCACAGAUGAAACGAAUAAUCUGAUUGGAGGGGAAUUUUACGACUGUUGUUGCCUUUUUAUUUUUUGACGAAAGGGUUACUUUUUCUUUUUUUCAUGCAGUUUUCUUGGAAAGUUAGCUACAGUGUCCAACAGUCACCAGCUGUUUUUACAGUUUUAGUUUUUGAUGUUCAAGUCUUUUCUUGUUGUUUUGGUUUAAACUUGUACCACAUGUGUAAGGGACAGUGAUGGUUUUAUUUGGUGAGAUGGCAGAUCACAAGCUAUGUAAAUUCUUUUAUGCAAGUUGAUCACUUGUAAACAGGAAGCCCUUUGUUAAUUAUUCAGAAUUUCUAUUUUUGGUACAUGUAGGUUUUUGACUUUUCUUUGAUGCAGUUCAGCUCUUCUGUUCAAAUAAAUGUGUACACACACAGUUAGAAUCUCUAAGAUUCUCUCUAGAAAAUAUCCUGAUAUUGCUACAAUAAUUCUGCAGGGAAUUUAAAUGGUUUCACGUUUAACCUGGGUGUACUUUUGCAUUGAAUUUCAUAAAAUGGUGACCUACAUGAAAUAAUAUGAAAUUGUAGCAGAGAGAUGACUACUCAAGAGAAAAUUAACACAAACUGAGUUGCUUGAACACUUUAGUUUUGAGAGAAUGGAAUGAUAAGUUACUAGAUUCUUCAGAGUAUUAGGGAUACACAUUUAAUGCCAGAAUUUAUAAACUAGAACUCUAAGUUUUAGAUAUAUAUAAUUUUAGAUAUCCAAGAACAUUUGUAGUGAAGCUAAACAUGGUCUGUUAUGGGUGGUUAUUUUCAACUUUCUUAUUUUCUUGUCAGUUUACACAGCUCAUGUGAUCCCCAAGGGGGAAGAGUGUCCAAACUAGCUCUUUUUCCUGGAAGCAUGUCUCUUCAGCUUCUUGGAAGUGCUUUCAGUUUUGACACGUGACUGUAUGACUCAGUCUGUAAUUUCUUGCAAUCUUACAAAUCAUGUUCUAUUUAGUGUUAUACAGAUGUAAGAACUUUAUUGUUGCUAACAUGACUGAAUGAAGAGAGCAAGUCUUCUUAUUAUAACUUUGUAUUUUUAGGAUACCCAUGGUAUUUAGCAUUAUUUUAAGUUAAGCUGCAAUCUGCUAUAGCUGAAAUCAAUCAUGCCGAUACAAACCCCUCAGUGGACAGAAUUUUUACAGUGUCCGAUAUGUACCAACGACUUCGACGAACACACCAGACAGCCAAUCAGCCUUGGAUGUGGCCACACAAUGUGCAUUUCCUGCUUGUCAAAGCUGCCAAGAACACAGUGUCCAUUUGACCAGGCUAUUGUUGACACAGACAUUUCCAAGCUUCCUUACAACUAUGCUCUGCUUCAGUUAGUUGGAGUAGAAGUGCCAGAUGAUUCACUUCCAGCCAUAGAAAGUGUAAGGGAGAAUGCAGAUCAAUAUCGAGCGGCCAAACGUGCUAUUGAAGAACUUGCGCUGUUUUUACAACCUGUGUCCAGCGCUCCAAAUGGAAUAGUUAACGGUAACAGCAAUGGAAGUGCUUGUGUUGGUUCUCUUAAUGCAAGUGGAAACAGUAUACUAACAAGACCAAUGCAACGUAAGCUGGUUACUUUAAUAAACUGUCAGCUUGCUGAAGUUGAUGGACGAACCAGGGCUAUGCGUGCAGCGAGAAGCCUUGGAGAAAGAACAGUUACAGAGCUUAUUUUAUUGCACCAAAAUCAGCAACAAUUGUCAGCAAAUUUAUGGGCUGCGGUAAGGAACCGUGGUUGUCAAUUUUUAGGACCAGCAAUGCAAGAGGAAGCUUUAAAACUGAUUUUAUUGGCUCUUGAGGGAGGAGAAGCUCUGUCUAGGAAAGUUUUAGUUCUUUUUGUUGUUCAAAAGUUGGAGCCGCAGUUUCCACAAGCCUCUAAGACAAGUAUUGGCCAUGUAGUACAGUUACUUUACAGGGCAUCAUGUUUUAAGGUGAGUUCUUGCACUGUAUCUCCUAUACAUGUACCUUGAACACCUGAUGGUCAAUCACACACUAUGUGUGGACCACUUUCUUACACCUGGAGGAAACGUUUGUUCUAGUUACAGCCUUCAACUGACUCAUUUUUGGGAAAUUUAUUAAGUAAAAUAAAAUCAUAGUCUGUAUGGGCAUAUUUAGUUUCUUUUUGGAACUCUUUGAAGUGAGCUCAGAAAUCUUUGGAAAUCUUAAAGAGUCUUUUGAUAUGAUUGGGUCCUUGGCUCACCUUUUGCAACCAAAACAGUUGCUGUUCGGAGUGCUGCAAUGUGAAUGUUUGUAUCAACGUUCUCCAUACAUUUGAGUGUCUUUAGUUGAAUUUGUUUACAAUUGGAAAUACAUUUUAAUACCUUUAAUCAUUUCCAUCUCCCUCAAACAAUCUCUUUGAUUAUUGUAUUAUAGUCUGACAACUAUAUUAUUGUGAUGUAAAUAAAAACGAAGCAAAUUAAUGUACGCAUUCAUGUGACUAUGUUUUAGGUGGAAAAGAAGAGCAAUGAAUCAUCUUUGAUGCAGCUUAAAGAACAGGUACAGUAAUUUUUCCUGGUUUGAAGGUGAAAGAUAUAUUCGAAAGUUAUGCUAAUAAUUCAACAAUGUGAAUGUGUAUACAUUUGUACAUGUAAAAGAAACCUCACGAAUUAAGCUUGGGAUAUCUAAAUUAAUUUUUGACUCACUUGCUCUUUUGCUUUAUAUAGUUCCGAACAUAUGACGCGCUGCGAAAGGAACAUGAUGCACAGAUUGUACAGAUUGCUACAGAGGCAGGACUGCGUAUUCUUCCAGACCAGUGGUCAUCAUUGCUGUAUGGAGACCUAGAUCACAAGUCCCACAUGCAAUCCAUUAUUGACAAGGUGCAAUAAUGAUUACUGUCUUUCAUGUUGGUUACCUUUUCUUAUGAAAAAAGCAAAGUAACUGAUACAGUAAGGAUUCCUUGUAAGGAAUUCUUUUGUGCAAGAAAUUUGCCUUGAAUAUUUGUCUUUCAGUUAAGUUCAUAUAUCAUCAAAUUCAUUUUAUUUUAAGCAAUAUUUCACUUCCUUAUUGUGAUAUUUUGUAUCAUACCAGGGUGUCUUGAAGAUAAAUCUGAUAUUUUUUUUUUGUACAUUUCAGCUUCAGUCACCAGCAUCUUUUUCUCAGAGCAUCCAGGAGUUGAUCAUUGCUCUGCAGAGGUCUGGGGACCCAGGUGACCUUUGCCAGAUGCGUGACCAGUUUGAUCUACUCUCACGGAUUGAUGCUUCGCCAGGUUUGUGUGCUAUGUGAGGCCUUUAUUGCAUAAUAAGAGGUGUAAUAAAGUAAUUCUGUUUUGGGGAAUUGAUAGAAUGUAAUUUGUAUUGCUCCGUUGUUGUAAGUUUUACUAGAUGUGAAUUAUGUUACUUCAGUUAGUUAGUCACAAGUCACAGUUUGGAGAUUUGGUUUUGAUUGUUCAGAAAUGGUACUUGUCAAAGACAGAAGCAAUGCAAUUCUGUAGAGAUAAUCACUCUACUGACAAUCUUUGUCAUUGACAGUGGACCGCGUCGGCCCACUCGUGCCCCUUGCUGGAUUUGGUACUUACAGGUCCAUCAUUUUUUUAUGAUCCUUUGAGAGGAAUGCCAGCAUUCUAGCUAGAACAGCUGAGUGUACUAGGAAUUUUAACCAUUAAUGUUUCAGUUUCCUUGACUUUUAUAACAGAGGCAGCUUGUCCAGAGUGGAGUGAAUUAGAGAACGCAAUGGCUGCAGUACAUUCUGUUGUUCACGGACUUGUAAAGUUUUCAAAGGUUAGUGCCAGUCUUAUUUGAUUGUUUUUAUGAAAGAGUGUAUUGUUAUGUUGUGGAUCAGUUUUUUGGGUUCUAUUCUCACUUUGUAAUUGUUGUUCCUUGUGCACUAGGCAUAUGGCAAGGGAAUGAGAAGCUCUAAUGAUCCACCUCAGGUUAGUUAUGGACAGUGAUGGCUUGAUCCUGAGCCAACACUGUAGAUCACAUACAAAUGCAGUUCACUUAAUUGUUACUUUAAAUGCAAUUUAUAGUGGAAUUUAGCGUCGACUCAUUUGAAUUCAAUGUUGUCUUCUUUAGCCUCACAGCAACAACAAAUUUAAAACCAGUAUGUGUCGAGAUCACUCACGAGGAGGAUGCCCCAGGGGAACUCACUGCACAUUUGCACACUCUGAGGAGGAGUUAGAGAGGUGAGUAUUUUAAUCAUCUUAAUACGGGUUUUUCAGGCUGGUAAUUCUCUCUAGUUGUCUUAAUUGCUAGCUGUAUCCUUCCGUGGAAAGGAUGCUGUUAUUAUUAUUUUCAGCAUGAGAUUUCUUGCAAGAAAUAUAUAACAUACUAGUAAAUUAGAAGUAAAAAAGAAAAAAAACCAUGUACACUGUAAAUGUAUCAUGAACAGUGAUAUGUGGGUAAUUAGGUCAGUUCAUAAAAAAUACAGAGAUUCCUCAUUAAAAAUAAACUGCAAUCCACAAGAGUAAAAUUUUCCUGGUCAUAAUUUAAUAAAGUCAAUCAUAACUGAACCUUUUCGGGUUUUUAAAAAUGAUAAUCUUCAUUGAGCAACAAUUGUGAACCCUUACUUGAUUACAAUGUUCUUUUUAUGAAGAGGGAUAUACCUCUCAUGUUCUGUACGUGAUGUAUCAUUAGGUUCAGCAAGAGGAGAACUCGGGGACCCCGCCCUACAGCAAUACCCAGAGGAUCGGGGCCUGGGGCAGGGCCUGAUCAGUAUUCUCCUCAUGGCUCCAUAGAAAAUGGCUGUGACACAAGCCCAACUGUUACCCAAGCUCCUGCCAAUGCUGUCAAUGGUGUGGCCAGAUCUUCUCCACACUAUGUUACAGGUAUGAAUGGAGAGGAAUUUAGUGUCGUGUACAAAAUACAGUAUAAUAUAAUACAUUGUACAUGUAAUUCCCUUUGUAAGGGCUCACCCAUGCCUCGUAACUUAACCCUUUAAACCCUAAUAUCAAAAUUGAAAUUCUCAUUUGUUAUCUCUAUACGUUUUCAAUAGAAGUAGUGGGGAGAAUUUGUUGAAGUAUCAAUUGGAUUCGUCUUGUGUGAUCAUGUCCUUAAUUCUCAUGACCACUCUGUUUUAUAAAGCAGUGAUAUUACAAGGAGAAAUUUGACACUGAUCACUCUUAGGGCUUAAAGGGUUAAGGUAUUGAUUAUUGUGACUGCCACAAAGAUAAGAGGAAGUACAAUAGUACAGUAUUGACCGGGACAUGGCUUUCCUUUCGUUGCAUGAAACCAUUGGUUUUAAAAAUCAGACAUAGAACAUACACCCUCCAAAGAGGGCCUCAUUGCUGUUGAUAGCAAGAUAUUUAUAGAAGAGUCUAAGGGCGCUUUUCAUUUGUCAGAACUGACCAGCCAGACGCUUUCCUUUGUAAUGAGAAUUUCACUAUUAAUCAAAAGUAUCCAGCUAGAUCAGUCAAAUCCUAAAUAGUGUGUAGGAAGGAGAUGGUUCUUCAGCAAAAACCCUUGGAAAAAGCCGAUUUCAUUGUCAAAAUAACUUGUCCGGUAAUGGUCCGGCUGGCCAGUUCUGACAAAUGGAAAGAGCCCUAAUGUUCUGUACAGUUUGUGUGUUUUAUUUGACAUGUUACUUCAUGAUGAUGAUCAAAGUUAAAGAACAAGACUUAUAUUGCAUGAAUCUAUAUUUUUAGCAAUGAUUCACUGCUCAAAGACAAGGAUUGAUAAUUGUGACUUAUCUGUGUUUGAAUGCCUUAGAUUAGUGCAAUAGCAUACAGUACUACGCUGUACUUCUGUCUUAUGUCUCCAUGUAGAAAACUAAACACAAUAUUUUCUGUUCCCCUAUGUCAGGUGAAAUGUCACAAUCGACACCCAGUUACGGUCCUCCACCACAAGUAACCCGCAGAGACAGCCAGGAACAAGUUCAGAUGAUAAGUCAGCGAAUGAAGCACCUGAACAUGUACCAGAGUGAUGGCUAUGGGGGGCCUCGCUCGCCAUAUGAUCAUGUGCAGCCGUCUUAUAUAGCUUCUUCUGGAAGUGAGAGAGGUGCAUAUUUCCAGUAUUACCCGCCUGGCAAUUCAUAUUCCAAUGUCGUGUCUAGAGGAAAGGAUGUUACAGUUGGUAAGAAAACUGUUUUACCUUUUUGUUGUAAUAGACAGUGGCUUUAAACUCAUCAACAGAGAUGAACAUGGGGGGGAGGUGCCUGUGAGGCUAAUGGAGCCCUAAACUGCAGGCAAGUGCAAUUCGUAACCUUGUCAACCCAAAGAAUUGCAUCCACCCAGGCACCAUCACACUGCUAACCGUGGGAACCUUAGAUACUUACCAUAUACUUACAGUAGAGGUAAAGGGGAGUGAGCAGAUGGAAAACACUUUGUAAGCACUAGCCAUGAUAAUCAGCGACACUUAAACCUUUUGGUCUGACGUCAAGAGAAUGGCUGUAAAAAGACCUACAAGCUCCUGUGAUUUGUUAAGGGCACCCCUGAUAUCUCUGACAGUUUGCCAGCCAUGUUUUGAGUUUAACUUAGCCACAGCCACAUUUAACCAGCAGGGUUUCAAAACAUUUUGACAAGAAAAAGUUUAGGUGGUAGUUUAUGACCAUUCCUGUCAGCACUCUGUUGAUUGUUGAGGCCUACAAGGCCAUGAUUCUUAACAGAAUACUUGUCAGAGCUUCAAAGCCCUGAAGCAGCAUAAAUUUUGGCGUAAGGGGUGUAAUAAAUAAUAUUAGGCUUUAUAUUAGAAGAUAUUACCUACAUGUUGUUCCCUUUUAAUUGUGUAGGUGUCAUGACUCCACCACGAAACUCUCCGCUAACUAUUCAGGAUGAAGCAAUCAAUGGAGUGAAUGGCAUAAGUGCUAUGAAUGGAAUGACAAAUGGUCACGUAAACCACCAUCACACCUUGUAUAAUGGCAGGGCGGCGCAACCCAGAAGAGACAUGGCUCCCAUACGAUCUCAACCUCAUAAUGGUUAUCAACAUUAUGAUCAGCCUUAUGGUUAUCCAUCUGAUCCCACUGGGUAUUGUAGGUAUGGAAUCAUUUAGACAUUUUUUAUUGCGUGUACACGUAUAUAUUUGAAUAAGUUUCUUUAAAAAUCUUUUACAGGGCUCGCACAAUCUUUAAAAGUCCUUUAAUUUUUGGUGAAGUCCUUGAAUUCCAUUUUCCGUUGAAACGUCCUCAAAUUUCUGUGCAAGUCCUUGAAAAGUCCUUGAAUUUUCGUCAAAUUUGAAUGUAGUGGCCUGGAAAGUGUUUUUUGAUGCUUUGUGUUUGUGUAAGACAGAAUGUAAAUCAUAGCUCAGAGAAUUUAAUGGUUAUUUACAUAAAGUGCGCUAUGUUUUAUGCAAUAAUUAACUAUCAAGUUAAGACAAGUGAACUGAAAAAUCUAGAGGCUGGUGAAGCAAACAGUUCAAACCUUAAAGUCUUAUUAGAAUAGACUGGGAAUGUGCAUUUUUGUACAGUCUGUGAAAUUAUAUUCGUAGUAGGUGGUUGUUGAAAAUCUAAUGUGGUCCUUGAACGUCCUUGAAAAAUGGUUGCAAUUUUUUGUAUGAACCCUGUUUUAGUCUGCAUCACAGACAUAUCUAACCCUGCCUAGUUAUCCCUUUAAGCCCCAGUAUCCACAUACAAAUUCUCCAAACUGAUCUCUACACAUUUCCUUUAAGAAUUAGUUGAGAGAAUUUGAUAAAUGAUCAAGGCAUUUUCUCUUUGGUGAUCAUUUUAUUAUUUCUCAUAACUUUAUUUCUUGGCAAUGUAUGGAUAUUGUUAGGAGAAAAUUGAUGUUGGUCACUAUUGGGACCUAAAGGGUUAUGUAAGUAAAGCAGUGCCAAGAUCCAACAACCAGAAUUGCGUUUUGAAUUUCCCUUCAACCUGAUUGGCAAAUCAACAAUGGCUUUUUAACAGGCCAAUCACGGUACGUGCUCAAAUCCUGGUACACAGCUGGAGGUUCAGAACAAGGAUUUUGGCACUGGCUUACAUUCAAGUUGCGACCAUUUUGGUCGCCAUGGCGCCUAAAAUUUUGAAGCUGGCGACUUGAUUUGUAAAAAAAACCUCGCUAAACCAAAAGAGUUGGUUGCCAAAUGGUGACCGAACAAAAACUGUAACUUAGAGGCUUAGUUUUGUCUGUGGCGCAGGUUACCAAUUUUUUUUGAUAACGUUGGUAAAGUAAUCAGAAUUUCAUAGCAGUGGAAGUAAGAGUUCUACUUGGACCAAUAAAGCUUUGUUUUUUUUUCCACACCUCAAGGGACAAGAAGAUAUGUUGUUGAAAAACAUACUCAGUAGUUCUUUAAAUCCCCAAAUUCAUUGUCCUAAAUUUUGUGGCACAAAGAAUGAAUGUGGUUAAAGUUAUUAUGUCAUGUAUAAAAAUAAGCGCAUAAUAUGUAUAGAGUGUUUCUUUUGUAAUAAUAUGUAGGCGUUCGUGUCGGCUAUAUUGCUCGCUGCGUCGCCGUGUUCCAUAUUAGGGGUGUGCAGUUGUAAAAAAAUCACACUGAAUAUGUCUUUUUCAAUGUUUCUUUUUAGUCCGCAAGCUGAUUAUUAUAGCGGAGCAUAUCCUGGGAGAACAGCCCUGUCGUAUGAUCCAGUACAACAGGGAAUAGUGGGAUACCAUUACCCAGGGCGCGAUUAUUAUGGACGGCCGUAUUUUGAUUCUCCUGAUGCAGUGAUGGGCAGAGGAAUUCUUCAGCAGAUGCAGCGAAGAUGUCCUUUUAUUCCUAGCGAUUUAAUCGAUGAAAAGGUUGGUAAUUAUUAACUAAGUAAAUUAAAGCUUGCUCCUCACUAGUGACGCGAGCAUGAGCUUAAACAUGGGCCAAGCAAUCUUAUAAGCUGAUGGGGAUAGCCUCGACUACCACCAUGGCUCUUGCCUCGACAUAAAACGUAAACACAAGAAUAUUAGGGAGCUUACGCAGCGACGACAGCGACAGCAAAGAGAAGGGCAAGAAAGCAAUAGCUUUAGAUUGGCUAAACAACUCUGCACGUGCAUCACGCUUUUUGGUACAUUUCUUUGCCGUCAGUGCACGACUACGACGUGAACAAAAGACAACGACUUUGUUUUCUUUUCCUGAACUUCGAUACAGUCUUUCAGAAUUCAACUUCAGAAAAAAUUGCCAACAUUUGAAGAACUGAACGAGAUGGAAUGAGCGCAAUAAAGUUGGAAGCAGCGCGAGUUAACUUUUUAGUGACGUUUUCGGAGCCAUCGCGUUCGUUGUUGCUUAAGCUCCGUACGCCAACGCCAGAGUAGGUUCUUGUAGCUGACUAAAAUGCAAAAGCAAAAAAGCACAUAAUUACAAUAAGAUGGUGUGUGCCGGAAUCUUGACCAUAUGGGCUUCAUCUUACAUGAGUUGUUUACCACGUUGUUUUUGCCUGCUAGAACCCCGACUCUUCCUCUCCUCGAAGCAGCGACACAGCAGCUGACUGCGACAUCCUGGACUUGUACACCUUAACCAGGAAAGACACUGGCCUGUCUAGCGCCAGUAGUGGUGUCAGCAGUAGCUCCCCAUUGAGUCACUCUCCAGCUGCAAGCCAAUCAUCAAACUCUAGUUUGUCACCUAGGCAACAGUCCCCUGUGGGGUGGCAGCAUGGAUGCGAGGCUGACAUCUGGAGUGACAACAAUGCCUUACCACCCCCUCCCGGGAUUACUGAUACUAUUUGGCAGCAUGGAAAUGAGGUUGGCAGAUCAAUUCACUGUAGUGUUACCGUAAACUUCCCCCAUUUUUAAGCCCACCAGUUUUAGGCCUAUCCACCUGCAAACAAAAAGCCCCCCGGAAAUAUCCCCUCCUCCAAAUGUAUUAAAACAGGAAGUGACGUCGGUUUAUCAUAACGUUUUGAAGCUUAAUGGAAAAGCAGUAAGUACGAAAUGUAUUUUGAUCAGUACUGCUAAACAUUGUUUCGCAGCCGCUUUUUCUACUCCGGUUAUAAUCCCCCUUGGACAUAAGCCCCUUCGUUUAUAAAUCCUCCUUAAACCCGGUACGAAGUUUCAUAAGCACAGGAUAUACAAGCGGCAAUUUGCCAACACUAUAAUUUUUCUCGUUAUUUGUUUGGUCUCCCUCUGUUUUCUUUUUCGUUCUGAAGUUUACUUGGCCUUCACUCAUCGUGUUUCUACUUUUUCCAAUCAAUAGGUUCGUAAACUGUGGGGACCGCCAUUGAUUCCCUACGAUGAAUGGUCGAGGUAAGAGUACAAUCUUUCCCUUUUUUGAAUUCUUUGCUUUUUUAUGCAUUCGCCUGAACAAGUAAGAGCGAGAAAAGAAACAUACGCCUAGCUUUGACUAAAGAUUGUGAAAAAAUUGUGAAAACAGUGUCACCAACGUAUUCUUAUUAAAUUUCAUCCGUUAAAAACUUUGUUUGCUUGUACCGAUUUAUCAGGAAAGAGGACCAGAUUAAGAAAGAUGAACAGUUCGCUCGAGCUCUUCAGGAGCAGUACGAUCACGCUGGUUGCACGCCGCCAGAAACUUCAAAAACACGUGAUGUUGGAGAUCACCAAGUAAGUGAACAUGACAGCAGGGGUGGGGAGGCUGGGGAGAGUGGCGCAUAACUGGAAAAUAAACUUUGUGCAGUUGGAGGUCUUGUCAAGUGCUAAUAACUGACCGAAUUGAACUGAUUGCCACACGUUUCUGCGUGCGGAUUCCUUCUUUUGCUUUGUGAUGAAGUUUUCUCUAGUAAAGAAGGUGAAAUGAAUUUUGGGCUUUUCGUUUACCUGUGGACGGACGACAACAGAGGUUUUCGAAUUCGUUGAUGUCAUGCAUCAUAUAUUACUAGCAAUAGGCAUGCUUUGUGAGGGAUGCUAUAGUAUUUCGUCGUUUUAGCGUUUUCGUGUGGACGGACGAAAACGACUCUAAUGUGCUACGUGGGGACGCGUAUUUUUUCGCAAACGGAGGAAAAAAACUCUCCGUUUUCAAAAAUAUCCGGAUACUUGUGGACGGGGCCUAAGAGUUAAAUUCACGAUUUUCUUUCGUCAUCUUAUCUUAUGUUUUAUAAUUUUUUUUAGGACUCUCCUGAUUCUAUGCUGACUCUUGACAGCGCAGAAAGCGAGGCCGAAAUAAAGAGGAGGAAGAAAGAAGAGCAUAUGCGAAUGCUUCAGGAGCGAAGAAAGCUUAUACAACAACAGCAGAGAGAAAAACAAGAACAGGAUGAUCGUAAGCUCGCCCAGGAGUUGGCUAUCAGGGAUGUACAGCAGGCGGGGCUUGUUCCGGAUCCCCGGUGUAUCAUGAAGCCGUAUCCCAAAGUAAUCUCCCGCGGGGCCCCCAUGGGGCUUGGCUUUAGCAGUAGUGGAGGUAGUGAAAUUACCGGGGAGCUUGAUGCGUUCAGCGGAUUUAGCAGCUUCCGUGGGUCGUGUGGGUCUUCAUUGACUAACAAUGAUGAUGUCAUGGAUACGUCAAAGAUGACGUCUGGCUGUAAUGGAGACAUCCGCGUGCAAGAGUGACUGCAGUUGCGUUUGUUAAAUUAGCAAUUUUGUGUGUAAAUAAUCAUUAGCAAGGGCCUGUGUACUGAAUAGAGUAGAGCCGAAUCAAAUACCAAGUGUGAAAUGAAACCCUUAAUGUUUUAGGUGUUUUUAUCGAAUAAUCUUAUCGUGUGUUUAAAUAGGUCCCAGUCUAACUGGAAGUGUUUCUUUUUCGUGUCGCUAAAUCUGAUCUAAAUGCUAAGCACUUUUAAAGUGUCGGCCUGUGGCGAAGGCUUUCACCGAAGAGAUAGUCCAGUUUAAGCGGGAAAUGAACGGUGAGAUCUUGAAUUUCUCAUAUGAUGGAAGUAAAUAUAGCGUUGAUCACGUGUUUUUCACGUUUUGAAUAUUCCGCCUUCACGUGGAGAUCUCGUGGUUACUGUCAAUGUGCAAGUAUUGACGCGGUGGACUGAUUGAAUGACAGAAAACAAGAAAAUGGAAACUCCUUUGAGUUGUAAUCGCUAAUUGUUUUGUAUAAGUGUAAAGCAAUUAGACGUGUUAUUUGCCUGUUGGCUUUGCAAUGCGUUUUGUAGGUGGACUCUUGAAUUGAGAAAUUUUCGAGAACUACGUAGUUAGAAUUGAAAGCAUUUGCUAUUUCUCGUGACCUACCAGACCAGAAAGUGCAAAUUUGUAGUUUGAUAUAAUUGAUCGGUUAGAGCAUAUAUUUGCUUUAUAAAAUAAGCCCUAAGUCUUUCCAGGGCUUUACAAAGGGCUUGAAAGUUAAAAAAUUUACUAGCGUCCAAUCCAAUUUCUGGUUAUUCGCAGUAGGAAUUGUUUUGAAUAGUCACGCAUGUCACGCAAAUUUUCACAAGCGUUGUGUGACAACGUAAGUAACGAUUACAUAGUGGCACUCGUAUCCUUUAGUAUUUAUUGACUCUUUAAUUGAUGGAAGGCAUUCGCUUAUUCUUUCAAGAAUCAGUAGGUUAUCUCUAUAUAUUAAAACGUGGUGUCCAUAGAUUUUAUGAUUGUGAAAAAAAAUUGUUUUGAUUUGAUUCGUUGACAGUUUAUUGUGUCGUAUUAAAGAGUUGAUGUGUUUCGUCUUUCAGUUAGAUUUAGAAUAUUAAAUGAAUUAGGCGACGUUCGUGAAAGAAUCGUAGAGUCGUCUACAUUACCAUGUGAUUGUGAAGAUCUAUUUUUUGGCUAGGUCAGCGAUAGAGUCUAACAAUGUCCUGUUUUCAUCGUGCAGUUUAUGUGAUUUUUGUCCUAUUCAUAACGUUUUUAAACUUUUUCAUAAGGUUUUUGAAAUUUUCUUUUCUUUGCUACGUAUACGUUAAGUUGCUAAUUAACUAUUUAGUUCUAGAUAUUUUUUUAAGCGUCGUGCAAAUGUGUGUGGCGGUUGUUGUACGUAUUUAUAUACUUCGGGUUUUAUUUGUUGAAUGUAAUUUUGCUUGGAAUCUUUCUUUAGGGCUUUUAUAUAUAAUUUUUAAGAACUCUUAAUUUGUACGUGGGUUUAACCAGCACAGUGAAAAUGACUAAAAUAUUUUAUAAUCUACGGGUUAUUCCGUUGGUUUAUGUUAUGGUAUUUCUGAACGGAACGGUUGUUCUGUUUGAAAGUCUUUGACUCGAGAUGCUCAAAUGCUUGUUCAUAUUUCGUCUUCAGCAGUUUUAAAAUUGUGAUAUUUAACAAAAUACCCCAAUCAUUACUCCUCUUCGUUACGUAUGUACCAAGUGGAGGGUUGUUUAAUUCUAAGAGGCGAUUUAUUGGCAAGAUUUAGCCGUUAAAAUAUUGCUUAAGAAAACCAAUUGUGUAAAAUAGUAUACUAGGUCGGGGCAAAUUUUGGCGUCAAAAUUCUCCUGACGUCACGUGAUUCAAUUAAGGCGUGCGACUUUAAUUUGUUUGCUGGGAGGAGUGGGUUGUUGCUUUGUUCAACACCCACAUUUCAGUAUGUUUUGAAGCUAUUGCGAAUAAAUGAAAGCCAGACCGUCUUGGUGCAACGAAACUGUUGCGUAGUUUUCUCCUUGAUUCAAGCGCGUUAGU